AUGAAUCUUAGCAAGAUAUAUUUGAUUACUUAUAAUCUCAUACAAUUUGCAGGAUGGUCUUAUAUCUUGUUGUUGUUGGUACAGCAUGCCCACCAGGCCAAUUGGAGUAGCGCUGCAUUCGAGGGUGUCUGGGAGAAAGUCGGUACUCUCGUUACCUACUUCCAGUUUGCCGCUUGCAAUGAAGUGUUGCACUCUGUCUUUGGUCUCGUAAGAACACCGGCCUCCACCACCUUUGUCCAAGUGUUCUCAAGAGUUGCCUGUGUCACUCUUGCCCUCUUUGUACCAACCAUUCACAACACCUGGGUACUCACUUUGAUGUUAUUCAGCUGGUCCAUCACCGAAGUCAUUCGUUAUCUUUUCUACGCACUCUCCUUGAUUGAUUCCGUUCCCUAUGUACUCGGUUGGCUAAGAUAUACUUUAUUCAUUGUUUUAUAUCCAAGUGGUGUUACUGGUGAGACUGGUACUAUCAUUUACUCAUUGCCAUACGUCGAAGAGAAGCAAUUGUUCUAUAUGACAAUGCCAAACUCUAUCAACUUUUCAUUCAAUACCAAAUACGUUUUGAUUGGUUCUUUGAUAUUCUACGUUGUUGGUUUGCCAUGGUUGUACACUUAUAUGCUCGGUCAGCGUAAACGUUUCAUUCAAACCGGUGGUGGUAAACAACAAUCAUCAUCUUCCACUCAAAAGAAGACUCAAUAA